AUGCAAAUGUUAAGAAGCUUUAGCACGAGGACAAGAAGCCGUCGUGGAGGCUAUGAGCGAGUUAGUGAUGAUUCAACUUUCAGUUUACUCGGAGCAAAGCUAAGAAGAUCAACAAGUGUUCCUUACUACGCUCCAUCUAUAAAGCUUGGUGUUGGUGGUGUUCCAACCAUUCCUGAGGAGCUUCCUCGUCAGAAAUCCAAGAAAAUCAAACCAACAAGCAAAUUUAGCCAUCCGAUUUUUAGCUUUUUAUAUGGAAAGAAGAAGAAGUCAUCAACGACAAAACCUGAAUUUUCUCGGUAUCUUGAGUAUUUGAAAGAAGGUGGUAUGUGGGAUGCGAGAUCUAAUACUCCUGUUAUCUAUUACAAGUAG